UGACAAGAGUGGCAAUCCGUUUUCCCAGUGGAGAAAAAAAAAACAAACCCCAUUGACACAGAACACCUAACGCAUAUCAGUAGUGAUAAGUAGUGAACGCAAACGGUGUCCAGAAUGCCCUCGGAACAGCAGGUUUUCAAUCCGCAUCCGGAUGUCGCCAGCAAGGCGUACAUCAACAGCGUGCAGCAGUACCGAGACUUCUACCAGCAGUCGCUGGACAAUCCCGCCCAGUUCUGGGCGAACGUGGCCAAGCAGUUCCACUGGGAGACGCCGUACGAUCCGAAGAACUUCUUCUCGUACAACUUCGACAUCUCCGAGGGGCCCAUCUUCGUCAAGUGGAUGGAGGGUGCAUCGACGAACAUUUGCUACAAUCUGCUCGAUCGAAACGUGAAGAAUGGCCUCGGCGAUACAGUGGCCUACUACUGGGAAGGCAAUCACCCGGACGACUACAGUCGGCUGACCUACCGAAAGCUACUGGAGGAGGUAUGCCGCUUUUCGAACGUGCUGAAGGCGCACGGUGUGCAGAAGGGCGACCGGGUUUCGAUCUACAUGCCGAUGACCAUGGAACUCCCGGUUGCAAUGCUGGCGUGUGCAAGAAUCGGAGCCGUCCAUUCGAUUGUGUUCGCCGGUUUUUCGUCCGAUUCGCUGGCGGAACGUAUGCACGACUGUCAGGCGAAGGUGCUGAUCACCGCCGAUGGGGCCUGGCGUGGUGAGAAAAUUUUGCAUUUAAAAGAAAUCUGUGAUACGGCGAUGGACAAGGCGGAGGAGCUGGGCCACCACGUGGAGACCUGCAUCGUGGUGUCACAUAUCAACCGCGUCACACCGGGCAACGUCGGUUGGGAUGGUUCGUUCGAUACUCCUUGGAGGGAUGGCCGCGAUUUCUGGUGGCACCAGGAGAUGGAGGAAGCCGAACCGUCCUGCUAUCCGGAGUGGAUGGCGGCCGAGGACCCCCUGUUCAUGCUGUACACCAGUGGUUCGACGGGAAAACCGAAGGGAGUGCUGCACACGACCGCCGGCUACCUGCUGUACGCCGCCACCACGUUCAAGAUCGUGUUCGACUACAAGCCGCACGAUAUCUACUGGUGCACGGCCGAUAUCGGUUGGAUCACCGGCCAUACGUACGUUUUGUACGGACCGCUAGCGAACGGUGCCACGUCGGUAAUGUUCGAGGGCACCCCGUUCUUCCCGGAGAACGAUCGCUACUGGGAGAUCAUCGAUAAGUACAAGGUAUCGCAGUUCUACACCGCACCGACGGCCAUCCGUUCGUUGAUGAAGUUUGGCGAUGAACCCGUACUGAAGCAUGAUCUUUCAACACUGAGGGUACUCGGUAGCGUAGGAGAACCCAUCAACCCCGAAGCAUGGCUCUGGUAUUACCGUGUGAUCGGUAAAGAGCGUUGUUCGAUUGUGGAUACCUUCUGGCAGACGGAGACUGGUGGCCAUGUGAUCACUCCGCUUCCGGGAGCAACACCAAUGAAACCAGGCUCAGCAUCAUUCCCCUUCUUCGGCGUGAAACCAACACUGCUCGAUGAAAGCGGCACCGAGAUUAAAGGCGAGGGCGAAGGCUACUUGGUGUUCUCCCAGCCAUGGCCAGGAAUGAUGCGUACGUUGUUUAACAACCAUCCUCGCUACGAAUCUACCUAUUUCUCGAAGUUUAACGGCUACUACUGCACAGGCGAUGGUGCUCGCCGUGAUGCCGAUGGAUAUUACUGGGUGACCGGACGUGUGGACGAUAUGUUGAACGUAUCGGGCCAUCUGAUGUCCACCUCGGAGGUGGAAUCGGUUCUCACCGAACACUCGCGCGUUUCGGAGGCGGCCGUCGUCUCCCGGCCACACCCGGUCAAGGGUGAAUGUUUGUACUGCUUCAUCACGCCAAACCAAAACGAAACAUUCGACAAGACGCUGAUCAACGAGCUGAAGGUGCUGGUCCGGGAGCGUAUCGGGCCAUUCGCGCAACCGGAUGUCAUCCAGCACGCCCCAGGUCUGCCGAAGACACGCUCGGGAAAAAUCAUGCGACGAGUGUUGCGCAAGGUUGCAAUCAAUGACCGGGAUGUGGGCGAUACAUCGACGCUGGCGGAUGAAAACAUUAUCGAGCAACUGUUUGCCAACCGACCCGUCAACUAAAGACUUUCGCCAAGGCAAGCUUGACCCAAGCAAAUUGCUGCAAAUGUCUAUAGGUUGAUUUCCAUUUCCACUGAUACGCACGGUAGAAGAUCGUGCGCGCCGCGCUUGAGGUACAAUUGAGUAAUGAUUAUAUUUCAGCGGCCCGUCUCAUUAAGGAUACCAUCUAAAUGAAACCAUUAAAAAAAAUACCCUACACUAAUGCUGGACAUCGGGGAACAGACGCAGGCGCUAUUGUUUGCUUCAGUACGCUGGACAUUCAUUGUUGUAAGAACGAUCGAUUUGCUAGGACACCACCGGUACGCGAACAACAUCAUGGCUUGCCAGGGAAUGGUAUCCAAAAGUGGAUACUGGAUCCAGGUACUAGAUUUAGUAAGGCCACAGGAAGAAGGGCACAGGCAAUGCGUUCGCUAAAAUGAGAAGAAGCAGGGCAGCUUAUAUGAAUAUUACCACUCCCGGGAAAAAAGUUAAUCUGAAUGGAUGAAUGAUACUAUAAGUAGAUGUUAUUGCAUUCUAAGAAAUUUAAGGCUAAUUGUUUUAGUAUUAAACAAUACAAUGCUAGUGCAGGAGCAAGGGAAUGCGGGAUGCGUUCUUCGUCCUCCCGAGUGUUUGAAAUCUCAAGGGCUUAAGAGAAAUCUACAAACUGAUUCCAUGCGUGUGAUGCAAGUGAUAGGGCCGUGUGUGGAAGGAAUCAGGUCAACCUUGGACUCACAGACACACCAGGGACUUCGCAUGGCGAAAGGACAAAUGUUUAGUGAAAUUGAACGAUCGAAAACACACUCACAUCGCACAUACCCACAUACAUUAUCAGAGGGUUCUGCUGUAGCGUUUGCUUUAUCCUCUCCAUCUCUCCUUCUCUCUCGGUGAGAAACAUCCUUUUAUUUUAUCACAGUGAUAACGCACGCACAGUCCCUACAAACACAAACUACUAGUGAAUGCAGUGAAACACCGAUAUUUUACGUUUUAUUUGUUACUACACUUUAAUCCUCUCUUUAUAAGUUUUAUCACAAAUAAACUCUCACAAAGCUUAAAACUAGGCACCAUAAUACACCAAUCGUUAUCCAUUACUCAUUUCACACUCCACCAAACUAAGCCGCAGAUCGAUGACACCAGUCCACAAAACAAGAGAACUUCUCACUUAAGUUGCCGAAAAGAUCGAACGCAACAUGCUGGGGAUUCCCACUUUUAGCGCCUAGCUCUCAGUAAAAACCGCCCAAAUUGAAAACAUAUCAUUUUCUGCCGAUGUUGGGAGCAUAUUUGUAGGAAUAAUCAAUUCGAUAUGCUAUACUUAUUAUCGAUUAGCGUUUAUCAAAUGUUACAAUCCUAGUGCAAAUGUUUCGGGGGUUUGCAAACCUCACACUCUGUGUUGUUAUUUGGCCGAGGUGGGAAGCGAAAAUGAGGGGUUUUCUAGCGCGGGAAACCUUCGGACCGAUGGUUUCCAAUUUGCACAUUCUGUUAGCCCUUGCCUUUGUGGCAAUUUGCUAUCAUUUUCCUAUCAUUACCCGAACGAAACAUAUCAUGUAGCGUGCCUGCAGAAAAAAAAACAAGCGAAUCGGUGGAAGAGUGCGUGCGCCAAACACACGCACAUUCCCACUGUCCCCCGGUUGCGGUUACUAUUUUUAAUCGUUUAUAUUUGACAAAGUUUUGCGGCAGGAUCGUGGAUGUUGGAGUGACACAUAUGUUUAAAGCAUCAUUUCCGGCGCCUCCCGGUCCUCCAUCAUUUUAACCGUUUGUAAAACUGUGUCGGUACGCAUGUAUCUAUUCACUGUUGUUCGUUUCGUGAGUCUAUACACAACUUGGAAAAGUAGAGCUUAAUCCAAGUAAAGCAUGAUUGGAAAAGUAAAACGUAAAAACCAUGUACUGAUGAAAUGAUACUGGAAAACAUAAACUAAACUACUGAAAUAUAUACAUCCAUA